AUGGAGAACUUGCCAGAAACGCUGUACGUCGAUCCAACAGCUGCAUCUUCUUCCACCACCGCCGCCGCCGGACCUGAAUCGCCGGCCGUCGAGCGUGCAAAGAUUGAGCAGUGCAUACGACUGCUGCAUCAGCCUUCCGGCAGAGAAGAAGCUCUUGCGCUGCUAAACAAGGAACGAAGAAGUAAAGAGAUGCCAGUGCUGCUAUGGAAUUCCAAGAAUGUAUCCUUUAUCCUACUACAGGAAAUUUGCACCGCGUACAGGUUACUUUCACCUCCGGCGCUCGGCAUGAAAGAAGCGACAAGAGUUUGCAAUGCAAUCGCCUUAUUCCAGGCGAUGGCAUCUCAUCCGGACACAAAAAUGGCGAUCGUGAAAGCCAAAAUACCUGUUUACAUUUACCCUUUCCUGAACACUACCGAGCAACGACACAAGCAUUUCGACUACUUACGUCUCACCAGCUUAGGCGUUAUAGGCGCGCUUGUGAAGACGGAGGACAGCAACGCCCAAGAGAUCAUUCACUUCCUUCUCGAAACAGAAGUAUUUCCGUUGUGCCUUCGCUGCAUCGAAAUGGGCGGUGAACUCGCGAAAACGGUUGCAGCGUUUGUCGUAAGUAAGAUUCUAAUGUACGAAGAGGGGCAGCGAUACUGCGGGUCGUUCCCGGAAAGAUUUUACGCGGUGGUACAGGUUUUGGCCAAAAUCGUAGACCAGUUUCCUGGAAAACCAUCGUUGCAGUUGCUGAAGCAUAUAUUAACCUGCUUCAUGCGACUAUCUGAAGUGUCUAGGCCUUGUGAUGCUUUGAUGAAAUGCUACCCUGCCAGAUUGAGAGAUCCUGCAUAUCUCAACUUCGUUUGUGAAGACAUUGCUGUUCGAAGGUUUGCUGAUCAAGUGCUGCUCCAUGUGACUACUCCUAGUCAUAGGCUUGGUUGA